UUGACCGUCGAUUUCUGACAAAGUGCAACACAGUGAUUCGACACUGCUGAAAACAUACAAAUGAUUCCUCUACAGACAGCCCCCCUUCCACACACAGUCUCUCUCUAUCUCUCUCUCCUCACUUAAGACUUUAGUACAGUUGUAGCCAUUGCAAAUCCCCCUCGCCCGCCUAUUUUCUUUGAGCUUUUUGCUAAAAUAGCGUGGGCACUUGGCUCUUGGUUUUCCAAGAUUGAAGCUUUCGAGUUGAAGGAACAGAAACGUUUCAAGAAAUGGGGUUAUUUUUUCUUGCUCUUUUCUUGAUGGCCAUUUCUGCUACUUGCGCUGAUGAAGAAGCUGCUUUCAUCGGCGUAAACAUAGGCACUGCCCUCUCCGACAUGCCAGAUCCGACCCAAGUGGUGGCCCUUUUGAAGGCUCAGCAAAUCCGGUAUGUCAGGCUUUAUGAUGCCGACAGAGCAAUGCUACUAGCUCUUGCUAAUACUGGUAUACACGUAACUGUAUCCGUGCCUAAUGAUCAACUGUUAGGCAUCGGGCAGUCUAAUGCCACUGCAGCGAAUUGGGUUUCUCGCAAUAUUCUUGCUUACGUCCCUGCCACCAACAUAACUGCGAUAGCAGUUGGCUCUGAAGUUCUAACCACGGUUCCAAAUGCUGCUCCAGUUCUCGUUUCCGCAAUGAAUUUUAUUCACUCUGCCCUCGUGGCUUCUAAUCUUGGCUCCCACAUAAAAGUUUCCACUCCACACUCGUCUUCCAUAAUCCUCGACCCAUUUCCACCCUCUCAAGCUUUCUUUAAUCGCUCUUGGGAACCUGUGAUGGUGCCCUUGCUCAAGUUUUUGCAAUCUACAGGCUCUUAUCUUAUGCUAAACAUUUAUCCGUAUUAUGAUUACAUGAAAGCCAGUGGUGCCAUUUCGUUGGACUAUGCUCUUUUCCGACCCCUUCUUCCAACCAAGGAAGCCGUUGAUCUCAACACGCUCCUUCACUACACCAAUGUCUUUGAUGCUGUUGUUGAUGCGGCGUAUUUCGCAACAUCAUAUCUGAACUUCACUAAUGUUCCUGUUGUGGUGACUGAGUCAGGUUGGCCUUCCAAGGGUGACUCAUCCGAGCCGGAUGCCACCUUAGACAACGCCAACACUUACAACAGUAACCUCAUCGGGCACAUUCUCAACAACACGGGAACCCCAAAGCAUCCUGGAAUUGCUGUUAGUACGUAUGUUUACGAACUAUACAAUGAGGAUCUUAGGCCGGGACCCCUUUCGGAGAAGAGCUGGGGGCUCUUUGAUGGCAAUGGGGUGCCAGUUUAUAAACUGCGCCUGACCGGCUCAGGGACCGUGUUGGCAAAUGAUACUACAAAUCAGACUUAUUGUGUUGCAAGGGAAGGUGCUGACAAGAAGAUGUUACAGGCAGCAUUAGAUUGGGCAUGUGGACCGGGCAAAGUAGAUUGCUCUCCUUUAUUGCAGGGGCAGCCAUGCUACGAACCUGAUACCGUGGCUACUCACGCUUCUUAUGCUUUUGAUGCAUAUUAUCACCGGAUGGCAAUGGGUGACGGUACCUGCAACUUCAAUGGCGUAGCUACCAUCACCACAACGGACCCAAGUCAUGGUUCUUGCAUUUUUUCUGGAAGUGCUGGAAGAAACGGCACAUUUACAAACACCACAUCGGUCGCUCCAUCAUCCAAUUCCACGGUUUCUGGUGGUCAUCCACGCUCGUUGUGCAGCAAAGGUUGUUUCGGACACACUCUAGUACUACUCGGUUUCGUGUUCUGGACUGCUGCGUAUUUGUAAUGACAUCCACAUUCAUGUCUCCGUCUAAGUUGUACUCAAAAUCCCAACACAAGUCCGGCACACCCGAUUUUGUUCUCUCUAGAAGACUAGAAGAGUUAGGGGUGAGAAUUUCCUUGUGUAACAUAGCUGGGAGGGUAGCAGAGAAAGUAUUGAUUCAUUCAUUUGUGUAACAAAAAAAAAAAAUCAAUUUCUCAAUGAUUCAUGAUCUGGGCUUUGUGUGUGUUUUCAA